AUGGAGAUCAAUGCAUUUGUCUAUCAAAGGAAUUGGGACACAGAAAUAUUCCAUGGGACACUGUCCUUGAGGAUUCAGUCUAAUGACAUACUAGGAUUCAAAGUUUUUGAGGAGAGCAGAAAUACAAUCAGCACAAAAGGAGAUGAUUUUCUCAUGAUCUUUUGGCAACAAGCUUUUGGCUGUCUUUUCCCAACUUCAUUAGCAGUGGAUGUGGAAGAGAAGAUCUGCACUGGGAAGGAAAGGCUUGAGAGCCUUCCUGGAUCUUUCUUUGAGAUGAGUAUGACUGGCCACAGCUACAGUAUCUACAAUGCAGUCUAUGCUGUGGCCCACGCUUUGCAUGCCAGGUCCGCAUCUGAAGUCAAACACAGGGCAAUCAUGGAGACUAAUGGACAGAAGUUUAGGAAUGGAGAGCCAUGGCGGCUCCAUCAGUUUCUCAGAGGAGUCUCAUUUAAUAACAGUGCUCAGAACAAGGUUUCUUUCAAUGAGAAAGGGGAGGUGGUGGCUGGGUUUGAUGUUAUCAAUUAUAACUGUUUUCCCAAUGAAUCUUUUCUCCCUGUGAAAGUUGGAAGGAUCGAUCUCCAGGCUUCUACAGGUCCAAAACUCACCAUUGAUGAGGAUGCCAUUUCAUGGAACCAUUGUUUUAAUCAGACACGACCACCUUCUGUGUGCUCUGAGAGUUGCCGUCCAGGCUCUAGCAAGAAAGUGAAGGAGGGGGAGCCAUAUUGCUGCUAUGAUUGCAUCCCAUGUCCAGCUGGGAAGAUCGCAACUCAGGAGGACAUGAAUGAUUGUAAUCCAUGCUCAUAUGCAGAGUAUCCAAACACAAAUCGUGAUUUCUGUCUUCCAAAGAACACAACCUUCUUGUCCUAUGAAGAAGCUUUGGGGCUCACUUUAGCCCUUCUUGCUCUUGCUUUUGCUUUCAUCACAGUUCUGGUGCUGGCUGUGUUUGUGAAGAACCACAGGACUCCCAUAGUCAAAGCAAACAACCAGAAGCUCACCUACACUCUGCUCAGCUCCCUCCUGCUCUGCUUCCUUUGUGCUUUGCUCUUCAUUGGUGAGCCUCAGGAGGUCACCUGCCUCCUCCGACAAGCUGCCUUUGCCACCAUCUUCUCAGUGGCUGUUUCCUCUGUGCUGGCAAAAACCCUCUUGGUUCUGGCUUUCAUGGCCACUCAGCCAGGAUCCAGGAUGAGGAAGUGGUUGGGAAGGGAGAAGGCCAGUCUCAUUGUCCUUUCCUGCUCCCUCAUCAAAGCAGGCAUCUGUAGCAUAUGGCUGGGAAAUUCACCCCCAUUCCCAGAUGUCGACCUCUUCUCUGUGGCUGAAGAAAUCAUACUGGAAUGUAAUGAGGGCUCAGUGAUGAUGUUUUACUGUGCAUUGGGAUACAUGGGACUUCUUGCAAGUGUCAGUUUCACUGUGGCCUUCCUGUCCAGGAAGCUGCCUGGCAGCUUCAACGAAGCCAAGUUCAUCACUUUCAGCAUGCUGGUCUUUUGCAGUGUUUGGAUAUCCUUUGUUCCCUCUUAUCUCAGCACCAAGGGGAAAUACAUGGUGACUGUGGAGAUCUUCUCCAUCUUAGCUUCUAGCUCAGGAUUGCUGUGUCCCAUCUUUUUCCCCAAAUGCUACAUUAUAGUACUGAGACCGGAGAUGAACAACAGAGAACAGCUAAUUAGAAGAAAGUACUGA